CCCUAGAGAACUACAUAACCAGACGAAGUCGAGUUUAGAGAUUCAGAAGAUUCCUAUAAACUCUCAUAAUCUUAUUUACAAGGCGAAAGAUAAAAUAUGACUGCUGAAGUUAAGGUUGAGGAGAAACAGGUGGAGUCAGAGGUUGUUAUUGCCUCUGCUGUUGCUCCAGUAGAGGUGGAGACAACAGUGAAAGCUGUUGUGGAGGAAGAAGUUAAAGCUGUUGAAGAAGAUGAGAGCAAGUCUAAGGGUGUGGAGAAGAGUUCUUCUUUUAAAGAAGAGAGCGAUUUCUUCUCUGAUUUGAAGGAGUCUGAGAAGAAGGCACUGAGCGAUUUGAAGACAAAGCUUGAGGAAGCCAUUGUUGAGAACACUCUCUUCAAGAAGAAGAAAGAGACUGCUGUGAAGGUGGUGGAGAAGAAGAAGGAAGUUGAGGAGAAGGCUGAAGAAGAGAAGAAGGAAGUAGAGGAGAAGGCUGAAGAAGAGAAGAAGAGUGAGGCUGUUGUUACGGACGAGGCUAAAGCUGAAACUACCGAUGCUGUUGUUGCUGCGGAAAGCAACAAAGAAGAAGUGAAAACUGAGACUGCUGAGGCUGUUGUAACCGAAGAAGCCAAAGCUGAGACAGUUGAUGAUGCUGUCGAAAAGGAAAGCCCCAAAGAAGAGGUGAAGACUGAGGCUGAUGUGGUCGACAGUAAGGAAGAAGUGAAAGCUGUGAAGGUAGAAGAAGAGAAGAAAGCCGAAGCUGUUGUUGCCAAAGCUGAGACUGUUGAGCAGGAGGAAGAAGAUGAGAUUGUGGAUAACGAUAUUGAGCUGUGGGGAGUGCCAUUGCUUCCAAGCAAGGGAGCUGAAGGCACCGAUGUAAUCCUCUUGAAGUUCUUGAGAGCAAGAGACUUCAAAGUCAAUGAAGCCUUUGAGAUGCUCAAGAAAACCCUCAAAUGGAGGAAGGAACAGAAGAUUGAUUCAGUCCUUGGAGAAGAUUUUGGGGAGGAUCUUGCCUCUGCAGCUUACAUGAACGGCUUGGACCGUGAAUCACGCCCGGUUUUUUACAAUGUGUACAGCGUUUUCGGUAACGAGGAGCUUUACCAGACGACCUUUGGAUCAGAGCAAAGCAGAGAGAAUCUUUUGAGAUGGAGGUUUCAGCUGAUGGAGAAGGGAAUCCAGAAGCUUAAUCUGAAACCAGGAGGUGUUACUUCUCUUCUUCAGAUCCAUGAUCUCAAAAACUGCCCUGGAUUGUUGAAGAAAGAGCUAUGGGUUGCAAUCAAGAACGCUAUAGUAGCUUUGCAGGACAACUACCCGGAACUUGUUUCCAGAAACGUAUUCAUCAAUGUUCCCUUCUGGUUCUACGCCGGCAGCACUCUCCUGUCUCCAUUCUUAACACAAAGAACCAAGAGCAAGUUUGUUGUGACUCGUCCAGCUAACGUCACUGAGACUCUUCUCAAGUACAUUCCAGCAGAGGAGAUCCCUGUUCAGUACGGUGGUUUCAAAAGAGAUGAUGAUACUGAAUUCUCUAAUGAAGCUGUUUCUGAAGUUGUUGUUAAGCCUGGAUUAUCUGAAACCAUCGAGAUCCCAGCUCCUGAGACUGAAGGAACAUUGGUUUGGGACGUUGCUGUUUUGGGAUGGGAAGUGAACUACAAGGAAGAGUUUGUGCCAGCAGAUGAAGGAGCUUACACCAUUAUUGUCCAAAAGGUGAAGAAGAUUGGAUCAAAUGAAGGACCCGUGAGGAACAGUUUCAAGAACAGUGAGUCUGGCAAGAUUGUUCUUACCGUUGACAAUGUCUCCAGCAAGAAGAAGAAGAGAGUCCUCUACAGGUACAAGACCAAGACUGAAUCCUCUUACUGAGCUAGAGGCUUUUCAGCAAAUCAUCUAUGCAGUCUCUGGAUAUAAUAUUCUUUUGCGUGGUGUUAUUGUUAUUAUUUUUUGAGUGAUACUUUCCGGGAGAAAGACAUACUGCCAUUGUUUCAUUGAAAUUCAAUCUUUUGCUUGUGUUAUGAGAUUUUUUCUCUCUUUGCUUUUCUAUUUGAUUUACUUAUAUUAUUUAUUAAAAAUGGGCUGAUAUUUAAGUAAUUAAUAUAAAUGGGCUAUGGGCCACGCUGAUGAUUAAUAAUAAUAUAAUGACCCAUGGGCCGAAUAACUGUG